GGACUGUCUCUUUACAAACCUGCAAAACAAUGAGAAGAACAAUACUUGUAUACCUUACUUGCAUGUACCUACAGGUACCUGUGCAAGGUCAGACUCAAGAUCUGAAUGUUGCUACCAUUAAUGUGAUUUUGCUGACAUUGCUAGCUGGUGUUUUACUUCUCUGCAUUGCAAUAAUAAUUGGUGUGUUCAUCCUUUUAAUGAAACUCAAAAAGAUAUGGAAGAAGCUGUCAGAAAAAGAUACCAUCUAUGAACAAGUGAAUGACAAAGCUCUACAGUCUGUGGCAGAAGUGCUUUCCGAAAAGCUCCCUGAGAAAGCUGACCAAGCCACCAGCAGCAGGGCGCCUACGAGGCAGUCUUCCAUCACACUUCCGAUCAGUCAGGCAUUCCGAUCUUCUCAGAUCUCCAGCGGACGCAAGACUAAGCACACGGACUCUAUGUUCAAGCACUACUCCCCUCCUGAUUACGAGGACCCUCUGCCGCAAAUCGAAGGACAGAGCAUCAGACCUGCAGUAGUCUCGCAAGGGGAAACAGAUGAUUCCUGGACAGGCAUUGACCUUUCUUCACACGAUGCGUUGUGGUCUCCUUACGUGGAUAUGAAGUCGUGCAGAGUUUCUCUUGAAGACUUCGACCAGAAGGGUGGCUUGGAUGGGGACGGAGUGUACGAUGCCCCUUAUUUCUUCCCCUGCACCUGCUCCAAUCGCAGCAGUACAUGUGAGUGUUUGAACAGAUCGAUGUCUUCUUCCAUCAGAAGAGCCAAGCAUUCUCGGUUCUACUCCGAUUCCAGCAAAUACCAGGUGUCCAAAGCUUUCCCCGAGGGGUUUGGAAUAAACAGGCUGGAUGACAAAGAAAAGGAAGUGAAGAGGAGCACCACUCUCCCAAGAACUGUGUCGAAGGACUCGGGAGUUGCCUCCGUCAUUGGUUCACAGUCAAUCAAUCCAGAGGAAAGCUGUUCUGAGAGUUUCUCAGAGCAUGCUAAUGCAGAGUGCCACUCACCAACCCAACCGUCGUGUCAUCAGAAGAGAAAGCGAAAAACGAUACAAAAGACCGUGAAGCAAGAUUCUAUUGUCAUUUGACCCAUACACCCUGUACUUUUGCUAAUACAGAAGUAAAAACAUUAUAUUAUUAUAAUAUAUUUUAAUAUAUACAGUAAAUAUAAUAUAACUGUAUAUUAUAUUAGGGGAAAUUGUAUAACCAAACAUGAAGUAUGAAAUCCUUGAAAGUUGACUGAGUUCUACAAAGCAGACACUUUAUAAGACAUGGCAAAGUAUCACAUACUGUACUGUGCAAACCAAUACACUUGAAUCAGUGCUUUCCAGUUAGCUUGGUUCAUUUAGAGGCUCUUCCAAGACACAUUGUCUUUAAAUCUCUUCAUCCAUGCUAAUAUACUAGAAAAAACCAUCAACAUUUUUCUGAAGCUUCACAGCCCUCUGCCAUCUUCUUCCCAAUGUGUGAGAUAGCUGUGCAGCUAUCUAAGUUUUAUCCACAUUACAUUUCUGUGUCACACAUUUCCAAUGGCAGCAACACUUUCAGAAUGCCACUUUACUUUCACAGCUGCUGAUGAUACAUUAUUUAAAUGUUAUAAGAACAGUGUGUACUUUCUGGCUAAAUGGGGUUUUAAGGCAUUGUUAGAAUAGAAAUCUGCCGUGUCAUUACAUGCCCUCUGCCUGACCUUACCAGACUCCUUCUUUGAGGUCUGUUCAAUAUUAUUGAUCUACAAAUGCUAAUGUGAACAAUAUGAAUAAUAGUAUUGUUCUUCUGUUGAUUUGCAAAUUUAGCAGCCAUUGAUUUUUGUAAGAACUUUUUUUUAUAAAUAAACCUUUAACUCUAAACACAAUUCCUUUGUAUUUUUGUUUCCUCAUUUAUUUGAUCUUUUUUAUCUUAGAUCAACCUAGUGUAAGUUACUUUAAAGAAAAAGAACAGGACAAACUACAUCAAUGCCUUUGUUGUAUAUUCCAGAUGUUUUACCUGCCAGUGGCUCUCUACACCAGACAAGUUGUUAAAAUACUCAAUUUUCACCACUAUUACUCAGGGAACUGAGAAACAACAAAGCACAGCAAUUUAUUUUUUAUCAGUGACACCUUCCUUUGGUGUUAGCUGUAACAGAAGCAUGUGAGAUUUAAAUGUAUUACAAAGUUUAAAUGGACUUAAAGGUUUCAUUAAAGAAAAAUCUGCACUUAAAUAGCAGUUAGAGAAAAGACAUGCAGUGGAAUGGAAGUGUGAAGUGUAUGUGCUUCGAUGUGCACCUGUAACAUUUGAAAUCUUCACUCACAUUUACUGGCACAUACUGUACGGUUCCCUUUUUGAACACUCAUAUUUUUUCAGUUGGUGUAAGUUCCUCUUUGACGCUACUCAUUUAAAUGUUCACCACCAUUGUUUUUUUCCUCUGAGCAAUCAUUUUAAAAGUUCCCCACAUUCAGUAAAUAUGACAUUUCUAGAACAAAAUGACUAGAUGUAAGGAUGUAAGCUUCUGGGCUCUUUCCCUGCUUAUUCAGAUAUUUAAAGAUUUGUAUAACUCAGGUUAUACAGGACCAAAACAACCUUAAAAACUCAACUAUGUACCACACAAUGCAUGAUACAUACAGUACCAAGUUUAAAUUGUACCCACUUGUCAGUUAUUUCAAUAUGUUUAAACAUUGGGCUUACAAAUAGCACAUUUCAUUGUCUUAUCUUCUAUAGACAAGGAUUCACUUGGGUUGUGCUAAAUUCUUUGUUCCCAAGAGAUCUCUUUUACAAUAUUAGUAGCAGACAAUACAAUAUCCAUUUGGCAGUUAAGCAAUUUCAGCAUUUGGAAGCACCUUUUGAAUGAAAAGCCAUAUACAGUAUAUGCCAAUGACUAAAGUAAUGCUGACAAAUGAAAAACUGAAGGAUUAUAACAGCCGUUUCUGAAGCAAGUUAGCUGUGGGCAACAUUCUGGGGCCACCUUUUUGUAACCAGGCUGUCAGCAAUGCACAAUCAACACAAGUCAGUUGUAUACAAAGAUCUAAAUGAUGUAAAUUACAAGGUGGUACAAUUAUAUGCAAAGUCAUCAGUUAGGGGAAGUUAGGGGAAGGGGAAGCACUUUGAAAUGCCAUACAGUAAGCAUACCUUCUUCUAAUUGGGGUUCUCUACUUAUCGGUUUAUUUAGAAAAUCGCAAACAAGAGGCCAUCUGACAUGCCAAGUUUAGAUUAUUUUUAGUAACUGAUCCAAGCACCUCCCUGACUGAAACAGGAAGAUGGCCUCAUAUAAUGCUGCCCUUUCCUUGUGUACUAAAAAGAAGAGCUUGGCUGUUGUUAGCCAGGGAAUAGGUAUAGUAAACACUGUAUAUCCAAGUUGUGUUUACUAGGCUGAAAGUAUUAUAAAAAAAUCAUUUUAAAAAGGUUUAUUGGCAAUUUUAACAUAUCCAAUCAUGACAUUGCUGUGCUAUUAAAAAUUAAAAAAUAUUUUCCUUUGUUCUCUACAUUUACACUGGCACAUCCUUGUAUAAAAUCUCUAUCAUAAACCAAAAUAUGAAGAAAAGGUUUUAUGUUUAGGUAAGGUUCCAAGAAUUGAACAUAAUCUAUAGAUCUGACAAUGUUAUUUGUAUAUUCUCUUUAUUGUACAGUUAUCAAUAAAAAUCAUUAUUUUAUUAUUUUUUACUACAAUCCUUUCAGUUUCUGAAAACCUUGCAUUUAGAAGAACUUCACAAGCUGGAGAAUGCAAUUCAAUUGGUUUACUCUGGUUUAAUUUCUAUAGUCUGGAGCCCCUAAUUUCAAUGCAGAUUUUGGAAAGAAUUUGGAUCAUAAUUUAUGCAGCUGUAAAAGAGAGAUUUGCAAAAUAAAGUUGCCAGAAAUAUGCAGUUAUUUGACAAUAAUGGUUUCACUUUCUGAAUUUUCUUUCAGAAUUUGUAGUAUCUUAUUUCAACAUAAAACAAUCUGUUCACCAUUGCAUAUUUUAUUUACAAACUUAUAAACUACAUGGCUAGAGACCUUUGUAUGAGGUUUUCAGAUGUAAAAUGCCAUGGAUGUUAUACUCACAGCUGGAAGAAGUGGAACACUUAUGUUUUAAGAGACAAAAUCAUACAAUUUAUCAGUAAGGAGCACAUUUAUAACAUCUUGCACUAUUAACCUAGUGUGUGGUUAACCAGUUGUGCUUUCAUAAACUCUAAAACGUAGGAUCAGAGCUCAAGGUUGUGCUGUAAGAUGUGUUGUGAUGUCAAACAUUAAUAUAACCCUUUUGGGAGGAAAACAAAAGACACUUGCUUCAUACAAGGUAGGUAAUAGUAUUUUUUCAUAACAAAUUAAUUUACACUUCUUCUGAAGAUUGAAAUAUAGAACUUAACUUAUACUAUUAUAUAGUGUAAAUACAUGACACGUGUCAUAAAGCAACAUGAAGAUGACUUUAAAAUACAUUAAAAGACAUUGUUCCUACAGGUUUAUAGUUUGGACCAUAGUUAGCAGUCUCUGAAUUUAAAUAAUGAACUCACAUUUCUAACGACAUAGUGUACAACUAUUUGGUCACAGAGUUUAGUUUGGGUUCAUGAUUACCAAAGUACUUAACAUAUAUGAUAAAGAACACCACAUCACAGGAAUAAUAAAUAAUAAUAAAUCCUUUCUUCAGUAUGGACUGUUCGCAUUAUUCCCUGAAAUAUCCCUAAUGA